UACCCAAUUUACUGAUUCCAAGUCCAGUAGUACUUCGUUUCUCCGGUUGUGAGCCUAUUAUUUGCGAAUUUGUGCUUUCAAGGCCACUUUUUUUUGAUCAGAAACAGGUGCAACGUUUCUUGACAUCUGCUUCCAGACAGCCCAGAUAUUUUCAUUUUGUUAUAAGUUUGAGCCAAACUGACAUGAAUCUUGCGUCUAUCAUGCCCGGUAUCGCCGAGGCUUUCAUUUCAGCGGUUGCUGAAAAUUGUGUAUCUUGGUAA